CCUCUGACCGCCGCCGCCUCCUUACCUCGACCAUCCCUCUCCUCAGUCCCAACUUGACACAUUCGCCACCUUUGACGAUUCCCAGCUUCCCUUAUCUCUUCGCACUCGCACCUCGCCCGUACCCGCACCCCGCUUCUCCGCACUCACCAUGCCUCCCAAGUCAGACUGGGAGAAGUACAAGAAGCCCGACGAGGACUCAAAGGACGACGACAAGAUCGUCGCUCUAGACGAGAAUGACAUUCAGAUCCUCAAGACCUAUGGUCAAGGACCCUAUGCUGGCUCUCUCAAGAAGAUCGAAUCGGAGAUCAAGGAUGUUCAGACGAGGAUUAAUGAGAAGAUGGGGAUCAAGGAGAGCGACACGGGGUUAGCAGCUAGGAACUUGUGGGAUCUAGCAGCGGACAAGAUGAGGAUGAGUGAAGAGAAAGUGUUGCAGGUAGCUCGGUGUACCAAAAUCAUCAAGGUCGAAGAUGAGCAGGCGGCAAGGGCUGCUGCUGCUGGUGGUAGUGGUGGCAGCGGAGGAGGUGCUGGUGGGGCAGGUGGAGUCGCUGGUGCACUAGGUGCUGGAGGCGCAAGAGAGAACCCAUUCAGGGGAGCAGACGAACGGCCAAGUGCAGACGAGGAGGACAAGUAUGUCAUCAACAUCAAGCAGAUUGCCAAGUUCGUAGUGGGAUUGGGCGAGAAGGUAGCCCCUACUGAUAUUGAGGAAGGCAUGAGGGUCGGCGUCGACCGCAAUCGUUACCAAAUUCAGAUUCCUCUGCCGCCCAAGAUCGACCCUUCGGUGACAAUGAUGCAAGUCGAAGAGAAGCCGGACGUGACAUACGGAGACGUGGGAGGAUGCAAGGAGCAAAUCGAGAAGCUCAGAGAAGUCGUCGAGACACCGCUUCUGAAUCCCGAGAAGUUCGUCAACCUCGGUAUCGAUCCACCCAAGGGUGUGCUGCUCUUCGGCCCUCCAGGUACAGGAAAGACACUAUGCGCCAGAGCAGUCGCAAACAGGACAGACGCCACUUUCAUCCGAGUCAUUGGAUCAGAGCUGGUCCAGAAGUACGUCGGAGAGGGAGCUCGUAUGGUGCGAGAGCUCUUUGAAAUGGCACGAACAAAGAAGGCGUGCAUCAUCUUCUUCGACGAAGUGGAUGCCAUUGGUGGUGCUCGAUUCGACGAUGGUGCAGGAGGUGACAAUGAGGUGCAAAGGACGAUGUUAGAGCUGAUCAACCAGCUGGACGGUUUCGACCCUAGAGGUAACAUCAAGGUUCUGAUGGCAACCAACAGGCCCGACACACUAGACCCCGCCCUCCUUCGUCCAGGCCGUCUUGAUCGUCGAGUGGAAUUCGGCUUGCCAGACAACGACGGUCGCGCCCAUAUCCUGCGCAUUCACGCGCGAUCAAUGUCGGUAGAGCGCGACAUUCGCUUCGACCUAGUAGCUCGUCUCUGCCCUAAUGCAACAGGAGCCGAAUUGAGGAGUGUGGCUACAGAAGCCGGGAUGUUUGCUAUCAGGAGGAGGAGCAAGCUGUGCACGGAGAAGGACUUCUUGCAGGCAGUGGAGAAGGUGAUCAAGGCGGGUAGCAAGUUCAGCAGUACGAGCCUGUACGCCCAGUACAACUAG